CUUCAACAUGGCUGCGUCCAUGAUAUCAUCAAAAAUAAAUUCAGCAAGGAUUGUUGCGAAAUGCAUGGAAAGAAGAGGAGUCUUCCCGGUGAUGGUUAUCCAGAAAAGGUUUAAGGGUAAUAAACAGAAACUGAAAUUAAAAACAGAUGACUCUAGUUCAAAGACGGGGGAUCGUUCUGGAUCUCAAAAAGUUCUGUUUCCAGAGAUUAGCCUGGUUCCAAACAUUCAAGGAUCUACAAACACUGUUGGAAGUAAAGCAAAAAAGAAGAAACAACAAAGUAUAGUACAAAAUUAUUAUGGUGAAAAGCCAUUAGAUGAUGUUUGGAUAAGUACACACUAUCCAGUACCUGAAUACUCAUUAGGGGAGAUAAUCAAGAGACAUAAGGAAUAUGCCCAACCUGCUAUGUUUGACCAGCUGGAUUCUAGAAUUUAUGCUGAUAUGGAAAUCAGUCUCAGAACAAGUAAAAAGACAAAGUUUUUAUCACCUUUUAAAUCGACUCUAGUACCACCCCAUCUGUUUGACAUUGGAGUAAAGAAGAAGAUAAUUGUUGUUUGUACUGAAAAAGACCAAAUUAAUCUUGCUCUAAAACUUGGAGCUUAUCAAGCUGGUGGAGAUGAUAUCAUGAAGAUGCUACUUAGAGGUACCAUAAAAAGAUCUGACUUUGACUAUCUGCUGUCUGUGCCAGGGUAUGAAAAGGAGUGGAGUACAUUACAAGGCUCAUUUGGGAAAGCUGUUCCAUCAGUCAGCAGCGGAACAGUAGGUAAAGACAUAGAACAGAUGGUCAAGUUAUAUUUACAUGGACUUACCUAUGAAACAGUCAAGACUUCACAAUCUCUGGCAAAAGUCCAAGUUCCAUUUGGACAGUUGAUGAUGACAAAUGAGCAGUUGACAGAAAAUUUCCUUUUUUUGAUUGAUGACAUAAAUAAGAGGAAACCAUCAGGUGCUUCAGGUAAAUUCAUCACAUACAUGACCAUAGUAGCACCACCAUCACCUGAGCGUUUUAUAUUAAACCUUGAUGAAUAUUCAACAGUGAAAAAGAAAGUAAAGAAGGAAGUACCUGUAGACACCCCAUUAGUAGUUGAUGAGAGAGUUGUGCAGACAGCAUGAUUGAAAUAAUGAGGAAUUAUGUAUAAAUCAACUUGGAGGUCUUUAUUUAAGAUGGCAACAUUACUGUGAUAUGAUUUAAGUGAUUGAAUUUUACACUAAAUAAAAGUGACAGUCAACACUUUCCUGACACAUAGAAAAUGAAUAUGUACUUUUCAAUUUACUGUCACACAUAUAUAGUUUUCUAAAUAGUCAGUUCUGAAAUAAGAAACAAACUGUUAGAUCUUUUCAAGUGUAUAGGACAAUUUUAGUUAUAGUUGAUAUUGAUUGUAAUGGAGAUUGAAUUUUAGUUUUAUGAAUGUUUGUUGAUGAAUGGUGUGGAUAUGUUUGCUAUUAAAUGAUAACAUGAA